AUGAAAAAGUCCAGAGAUCGCUGUCUCGAGUUAAAAAUCCUUGUCUUUGAAGUAGUAAUGCACAAAGACAAACACACGCAUAUGAAUGUGGUUGCCGCUCUCAGUGAGAGAAGAGUAAAACAAAAUCAGUCAAAAGUGGAAGACACGCUUAGUGAGAACAGACAGUCAAAGGUGGAAGAGGAUUUCGCUAAUUUCUUCGACGAAACGAGAAUGGAUGCAUUGGAAAAAAUGCAGACAUCUUGCUCAUUUAAAGAGCAGCUGGAGGUCGACGUUUAUUGCCCCAGACUUCUUUGUCUUGUUUUUGAGGCUGCCUACGAAACAAUGGAAGAGGCAAGAGGAGCAAUUUUUGAAUUGGGGAAAGAAGUAACGAAAGGUUUUAUUCAAUUAGCCCCAAAGGAGAUCAAAUCGAUGACCAGCUAUAAAAGGACGGGCAUUUCUAAAACAUCGAUUACCUAUCCAGUCUGCUUAGGACGUCAAGAAUCACAGUAUCCGGUUGAAGCUGUUGAUGCCCUAAUGAUGAUCUUGAAAGAAACGGCACCCAAUUGCAACCUUGAUUGUUUAGUGGAGGUAUGUUGUCCUGUACACUCUAUCUUUGUUCGAAAAAAGUUACAACAAUGUGCCCUACAAGAAGUAUUUGGGAAAAAACGGUCUCGGUUUUUGUAUUAUGAUUCUCUAAUACCAAUCAGAAGCGUGAAAGGAACCCCCGACCAACAUCAGGAAGAGGAGAUAGCGUGUUAUCUUUGGCCGGGACUGUUUGAUGGGGAAGGAAGAUGUAUUCGAAAAGGAGAAGUCUUGUGUAAGAUAAAAGGGAAUACUGAGUAAGCUUCUCUUGAAUUUUUACGUCUAUCAACUAAAGCAAAAGCUUAUGUGUAUUUCAGAAACUGCUUUAAUGUUCAAAAUCCUUUUGAAUAUUUUUUAUUUGUGCUACGCUCCAAAUGUAAAUGAGGGGCACAAAUCAGUUCGAUUCAUGAUCGAUGUGAUUGGCUUUUCUGACAUAAAACGACCUAUCAUAUUUAGUAUUAUUUGUGACGUUAUUAGAGAAAGAAGGAACUCUGAAAAAUAAACGAUAACAGAAUAGAAUGUAAGCGAUUAACAAUGAGUAUUCUGUUUGUUUAUGCACGUACUAUUUUAUUUCGUCUACAAGUCAAAACAUUAAAAUGUCUUUACGUGGACAUUUUUUCCUAUUGAUGUUAAAUGAGAGCAUUUGCUCAGAAACUAAAUUGCUUAUAUAUUAAGUAGUUAAUUUUUCACCACAUGUAUCGUUUCUUUCAUAAGCGUUUAUUUUGCAAUUUGAUUUAGAAGAUAAUAAUAAUCCUUUCGA